UGCCUGCAGCGCCUGCCCCUUCCUCCCAACAAAAAUGGACGUUCACGUAUAUUGCGAAACCCUCAUAAUCCGCCCGUAUUUACCAAUAUUGUGACUCGCAAUUCAAUCACAUGUGUCAUCCCACUUUCGAUACCACAAUUCAACACUUAAAAUCCUCGGAUAAGGAGCCUGCCUCUCACCUCCUGUGGAAUUACCCAUGGAAAUUUAUUGAGGAGAGAUAAGAGUGAAGACGCUGGCUCGGAUGUCACUGUUAACCUCAACACGAGUCUCGCGUGCUGAGGAGACUGUUUCGACUUUUUUACGACGAAGUCGUCUGAUUUUUCUUGGAAUUGUCAUAUAAAUUCGUGCUGGGUCCUUUAAAAAUGGCCGAGGUGUCCAACAAAGAUUACGAGAUUCGGUCAGGGAGAAGUGUCAACAGUGGAACUGGGUCUGAUGGCGACAUGAAGCUAGAGCCAUCGAGUCCCACAGAGAGAUACGCCUUUUCCAGGUGCAGCAGUACUGGAUCCAUAAAUACACCAUCAUCAUCUGCCCACAAUACUGAAGAUGAAGACAGUGACAACAAAAGUUCCACAAUAAGUUACAAGGAGCGACGUCGAGAAGCCCAUACUCAAGCAGAACAAAAGCGUCGAGAUGCUAUUAAAAAAGGCUACGAUUCCCUUCAAGAUUUAGUUCCAACUUGUCAGCACACUGACUCCUCUGGCUACAAGCUCUCCAAGGCCACUGUCCUCCAGAAAUCCAUUGAUUACAUACAAUUUCUACUUCAGCAGAAGAAGAAGCAGGAGGAGGAGAGGAAUGCCCUGAGGAAGGAGGUUGUCGCUCUCAGAAUUAUGCAGGCUAAUUACGAGCAGAUUGUUAAAGCCCAUCAGACGCAGCCUGGACAGGCUGAGAUGAGGGUCUCCGAUGAAACUAAAUUUCAAGUGUUCCAGGCAAUUAUGGAUCGCCUUUUUCAAACAUUUAAUAAUGUUUCUGUGGCAAAUUUCGCUGAAUUAUCAGGAUGUGUAUUCAGCUGGUUGGAGGAACAUUGUAAACCACAGACAAUGCGAGAAGUGGUACUAUCAGUUCUUCAGCAGCUCAACAAUCAAAUCAGCUAGUCAAAAGAGAUAACCAUGAUGUAGAACCGAGGUUGUUACUUACCUCAAUCAAAAUUGAAACGAGAAUCUUCCAAUUUUGCCCAACAAAGUGUGAAAACAUAAUUAAAAAGAGUUACCAAGUUGGAAUUAUAUUAAGUGGAAGAAUGAAUGCAUGAAUACAUCGAUAGAAUCAAAAGGCCAAGAAGAUGGAGGAGAAUGGAGGAAUUAGACGAUGUGAUUACGGGUAUGUGAGCGAAUAGUCAUCGGAGUUGAGUGAAAGAUUGACAAUAUGAUCCAAACGAAACAUCAUUUUGUACGCAAUACGAGAAGACCAUGAGUUCUCGAUGAAUGUGUUUGUUAUGCGGUGUCUCAACUUUGGAGUAAUGUUCGUAAAAUACCAUUUUUUAAUAAUCCACAAGUUGCCAUUUUGUAGCUAUGAAUAAAUGUCUAUAAAGAACGUUACCCAUAA